GCGAGACGAUCCAAUCGGGGCGCGGCUUCUUGAAUGGUGGGUGGCGCGCCCGGAAGCGGCUGCUCGGUGGAACUGUUGAAGGCGCCGCUCGAGCCGUAUGAGGAUGCAGCUGCCUGUACUGUUACUGCUUUCACCAUAUGGAGCCAAUGUAAUCUUUAGUUGAAACAACUUCAAGGCAACUGUGGCAAUUUUCCCAAAGCAAUUUUUGGCUACAAACAGGAAGCAGACAAAGACCAGGAAGGAUGACCUUUGAUUGACCAUCUCUGCAAGGAAGCUCAAGUUUCCCCCCCAUCUGUAACCCAUGUGCAUUCUUUUCUUUAAGUUUGACCCACGUCCUGUGUCCAAAAAUGCCUACAGGCUGAUCCUAGCAGCUAACAGAGAUGAAUAUUAUCACCGGCCCGCCAAGUUGGCCGAUUUUUGGGACAAUAGCAACGAGAUCCUCAGUGGCUUGGAUAUGGAAGAAGGGAAAGAAGGUGGGUCCUGGCUUGGCAUCAGCAAGAAAGGCAAGAUGGCCGCCUUGACCAAUUACAUGCAGCCUCAGAUCAACAAGCAUGCAAAAGGAAGAGGUGCCCUGGUGACCAAUUUCUUGACAUCAGAAAUGGACAGUUACUCUUAUUUGAAGAAAGUGGCCUCGGAGGGACACCUUUACAAUGGCUUUAAUUUGAUAGCAGCCGAUUUAAGCACCACUAAUGGAGAUGUAAUUUACUAUUACGGAAACAAAGGAGAUCCAGAACCUGUCUUCCUAAAUCCCGGGGUCUACGGCUUGAGCAAUUCUUUGCUGGAUACUCCCUGGAAGAAACUUCAGUAUGGAAAGCAGCUUUUUUCAGAUGUCGUCAAGCACAGCCAGAACCUCAAGAAAGAAGACUUGGUCCAGGAACUGAUUAAACUGCUGAAUAACCAGGACCCUCAGCUUCCGGACCCUGCAAUGGAGGACCAGGGAAAGGAUUACGUCCUUCCGUUCCUAAACAAGUACGCAGCUUUGUGCGUCCGAUGUCCAGAUUAUGGAACCAGAGCGAACACCAUCAUUCUCGUCGACGGGGAAGGACACGUCACCUUCACUGAACGGGCCAUGCUGAAUGCUGAUAUCACCCAGUGGAAAAACAGCACUUACCACUUUCAGCUGCAAAUAUAAUCACUGUCCUGCGGAUGAAUUGGAAAGGAGGAAGCAAAAAAGAAGAAGAAAACGAAUUGCCGGUCUGUCAAGGCAAGAACCUAGUCAGCAUUUCAAGAGAGAAAAUCCAAUUUUUACGUUGCCUAGAAUCACUGUAGUAUUCGUGGAAGGACAAGGGGAAAAAAAACCAAACACAUUUUGUGGUGCAUCUGUACAAAACCCAGAACAAAAGCAUUUGAAUCAGGAAAAGCAGACGCUUAUCUUAAAAACAAGCUCUUUUUUUGCACAAAAGGAUCUGUGCUGGUUUUGGGGAGGAAAAAAAAAAUCACGUAUAUCUCCUUGGAGCGGAAAAUCCCCCCACAAUUAUUUAACUCGCUUAAUGAAAAUCCCAAAGAACUUUGGAGAAUCAUGUAUGGUAACAUUCCUAUUUUUCCUCUUUUCCUUUGGCUGCCGAGAGCUGGAAGGCAAAAGCGACAAAAUGACAGAGUGGAAAACAAAGUCACCAUUUAGUAAUGCUGUGCUAUCUUUUAAUGUAGCAUUAGCUAUUUGUAAGCAUUUUGUGAUUAUAUAGAAUGUGGGGUGGUUGGGUUUUUGUUUUUUUUUUAACAGAGGUGCCUGUAAGAAUAAGAGGAAUUCUCUGUGCUCGCAGUGAUUGGACCGACGGAAAAAUCCUUAAAAUCAGAUCAUUGUUUCUUCCUUCUUUUCCUGGCCAUAUAACAAAAGCUGGUGUGACGAAACCAGGUUUUGUGGUUUGGCCUUGUUUUGUUCUAGGGCCUCGACUUGUCGAUCAAGAAUCACGUUUAUUCCAAAUUUCCUUGGGGUUGCUUUUAAAAAUUACUUUAAAGAUCGAGCGAUGCUCUUUCUGGAGUCUGAAGCAGGAAAAGAAGGGAGAAAUAUAUAAAAGGGGUACGGGCCCCCAGGGCUGGGCUGCUGGGGAUUCACAGGGGUUCGGGAGAACCUCUAGCUAAGAUUCUAUGCAGUUCAGAGAACCCC